UGGCGUAAAUGGCGAAGCAGUGAGCGGAAGUAAGAGGGACCACGAAUGUCAAAGUAGAGCAUGCAAGGCUUCGUUUUUGAGUAACCAAGAGUACAAAAAUGUCAGGCAGCAGUUUAUUUAGGAUAGUCAAGCAAGCAAGAUUAAUCAGAACCAACACAUUAAACAGAAUACAGGCCUGCGGAUAUGCGAAGAAAGUCGCGGCUAAAGGGAAAGGUAAAGGCAUGGUUAAAGAGGAAUUUAAGGGUCCAGAGGUAUGCAGAGACCCUGUUAGACUGACUUCUUACGCUGUAGGCGUCAACAUCUUCAAGCAAGGUGAAGAUCCUCCACUGAAACCCCCUGAGCAGUAUCCAGAGUGGUUGUUCCAGUUGAACCUGGGACCCCCCAAGAAGUUAAAUGAGCUAGAGUCUGACUCUCGGGAGUACUGGAAGCGUCUUAGGAAGGAAAACAUUUGGCGUCACAACAAACUCCAUAAAGGGAAGAAGUUUUGAGACUUCACUGGACUCAUUUUUUCUGUAUGUUGGAUAUCUCGGUGGUAUCUCAGUGGAAUUGACUGCCCAACAUGGUCCGUGUUCAGAGGCAGAAUUUAGCUAUUUCAAUAAAAUGCCAUUUCAACUAGUCUCUGCUCUCUAUCUACUUGUUUUCAAUCUCUCAGCAUAUUCUUUGACCCUCUUAGUAUGUACAUGAUUCUUUUACAGCAGGCAAUAUUUAUCCUGUAAACCUUGACAUUUGAGUGCUUAUUUUUUCAUAUCUUACUUUAUGUGAAAUAAACACAAAAUUAACCUUG